CAGAGGGCACUGGAUUAAAGUCCUUUCAUUUGAGGAAUGGAGGCGGUGGCUAACGCGCUGGAGACUUACCGGGGCCGCGACCGGCUGGUGCGAUCUGUGUGCUACAGUUCGCGCCUGCUUGGCGGCCUCCUGCUGACGCCGGGGGGAGGCCGCCCCGAGCUGGGCCGCCGGCUGCUGCUCAUCGCCCAGGAGCUCAGCAACUGCAGAGCAGCGUUGCGUCUCUUCGAUGACCUGUCCAUGUACCUGUACUCGCGGGGUUAUGGGCUGGGCAGCACGGAGGAAGAUGCUAUUGUGCGGUUGCUUUCUAUAACGGGGAACCUGGCAGAUCAGCUCUAUUACCCCUGUGAACACCUGGCCUGGGCUGCUGAUUACAAAAUCCUCAACCUCAACUCGGGCAAGUGGUGGACAUUCAGUAAUUCAUUGUGGUCUCUGUCGCUGGCACUGGGAGCUCUGCGAUCCUUCAGAGUUGUGCAGCUGCUGAAGAAGAAACUGAAGGGAAGCCAGAAUAAAACUUACCUCAAAACAGAAGAAUCGAAUAAUAUGAGCAGGCGGGGAUACCAAAUUCGGAUGCGAGCGGAAAUUCUCAACAUCAUCAGCUGCCUGGCUGACCUGGCAAAUGCCAUCCAUUGGAUGCCACCAGGCUUCUUGUGGGCAGGGAAGUUUCCCGAGUGGCUGGUGGGACUAAUGGGGAUGGUUUCCUCGGUGAUUGGUCUCUACCAAAUGUCCUGCAGCGCCAAGGACCUGUGACAGGAGAGGGGCAUGAUUUUGACCUGGUUAAUCUGGCACCACAUGGUGGUUUCACGCAAUAUCUGAUCCAUUUUAUUGACGUGCUCGGGAGGCCAUUGAUUUUUUUUGGAGGAAGAGGCAUCUCCGCUGAGUGAAGCCGCAGACAGCUUUAUCACCUCCUCCCACUGCUGGGUCUCAGCCAAUACAGUGGCGAGCAAGAGCGUUAAGACUUUAUUCUGAUGAAACCCUGGCUCUGCUCCCAAGACUGUCAUCAACCGGCUUAUCCAGCCUGACACUGACAAGACACUUUCACUUCCUUUCUGCCAAACUCAAAGAUACCUCCAUUUUGGACCCAGUUUAUGAAUAUCCUGUCCCAGCCCCCUCCCCCGAAUCCUGUGCCAUAGAAUCUUACAGCUUAAAAGCAAGCCAUUAGGCCCAUUGUGCCUAUGCUGGUUCUCCAAAAGGACUAUCUGUUCCCACUCCCCAUUUUGUAUUUACUCAGAGCUGUGUUGAGGGAGUUUCCUUUGGACCACUUACCUGCCUUUGGGAAUAAAAUGUAGGUCACAAACUUUUCUCGUGACCUAGUGGCUUAGACGUUGCAUCAGUACGGGCCAGGGAGGUCUAGAACAUGACCUCUGCUCUGUGCCCAACCUCAGCCCCUGAGAUGGGGGCUCUACAGAUGGGACCAAUACACCCUGGGCCAGAGAGUAGAACAAUCAUUCAGCGACCCACUCUAGACCAGCACUUCCACUGGAAAUAUAUGUGUGCACCCACUUUGGGAAAGGCAGAGAUAGGGCUCAGGGAAACAUCUGUUUCAAUGUUCCGAUCUCAGGAGAUUUGCAGAGAAUGGCCACUGGAGGCCAUCCCAACGUGAGUCACCCCUUUCGGAAGAAGAGCAAUGAUAAAUAUUGGGUAAAAUUAAAAACUGAAGCAUUUUUUGCAGGUGCAGAAAAUUUACUUCAUUAAACCACACAAACUUAACCCAGCAUUCACUAUUUCAAAUGUUAAGUUAAAGCACAGCGUUAAUUUCUAGGCAUAUGUAUUUUAAUUAAACCAGCAGAGCCUUGUUUGUGUUAUCACUCGUUUUUUCUGCGUAAGGGAACAGUCUCCCAGGGACCCUCACUUCUGUCAAGUGUCCUUAGACUAACAAAGUUACCAUCACAGAAGUGCAGAAAAUGUUAUUGGAGCACAGCACCAAGGCUAACACUAAUUGUUCAACAAAUGUGGAAAAUGAUAACUGAUGGUCAGAAAUUUAACCUACGGUGUAAAAAGUUUCAAAAUGUUUUUUUAAAAACCCAUAUGCAAUCCUUUCAAUAAAAACACAUUUCAAGUUU